UGAACAACACCGCGAGAAUUUUUUUGGUUUAAAAAGCAACCCAAAAAGUUAGUCGCUCACUCAGUGCCACCACCACCACCUUACCUUCACACCCCCACUCAUUUUGCAAAUGUCUACCACUCCUACGCGUUACCCUUCUCCAGGGCCUACUCCUAGCAAAAAGGCUGCUGCUGCCUUAGCUUCAUUUACCUUCGACUCGCCUACCAAGAAAUCUGCGAAGAAGGUCGUUGUUGACGAUAAACGUCGCUCUACCUCACCGGCUUCUCUAGAGGAGAAUGAAGACCAAUGCGUAGAAGAAGACACCACUCAGACCACGUCCGCUGAGGAACUCGCUGCCUUGCAGAAACGGUUUGUUGGAGAGGUCGAAUUGCCAGAGAGCGAAGAACCACUUCUGUUAGAGUCAAGACGUCGUUUUGUGUUGUUCCCCAUUCAAUACCAUGAGAUAUGGCAAAUGUACAAGAAGGCCGAGGCCUCUUUCUGGACUGCGGAAGAGAUGGAUUUAUCAAAAGACCUUCAUGACUGGAACAACCGCCUGAAUGACAGCGAACGAUUCUUCAUCUCCCGUGUCCUCGCGUUCUUUGCCGCCUCUGAUGGCAUUGUCAACGAGAAUCUUCUCGAACGCUUCUCGAACGAAGUACAGGUCGCUGAGGCGCGUUGCUUCUACGGGUUCCAGAUUAUGAUGGAGAACAUUCACUCCGAGACUUACUCUCUUCUCAUCGACACAUACAUCAAAGACCCUGUCGAACGUGAUUUCCUUUUUGAUGCUAUCGAGACUAUUCCUUGCAUCAAGCGCAAGGCCGAGUGGGCUCUGCGCUGGAUCAGUGACGAACACUCGGUUUUCGGCGAGCGUCUCGUAGCCUUUGCUGCUGUUGAAGGCAUUUUCUUCUCUGGCUCCUUCGCGUCCAUCUUUUGGAUGAAGAAGCGUGGAUUAAUGCCUGGCUUGGCGUUCUCAAACGAGCUCAUCAGUCGUGAUGAGGGUAUGCAUACCGACUUCGCCUGCCUUCUCUUCAGCCACCUCCGUCGUCGUCCUCAUCCUGACACCGUUGAACGUAUUAUCAAAGAAGCAGUCGCUAUCGAGCAAGAGUUCUUGACUGACGCGCUUCCUGUAAGCUUGAUCGGCAUGAACGCGACAUUGAUGUGUCAAUAUAUCGAGUUCGUUGCCGAUCGACUACUCGUCGCUCUCGGCAACAAGAAGUUGUACAACUCGACGAACCCCUUCGACUUUAUGGACAUGAUCUCGCUUCAAGGGAAGACCAACUUUUUUGAGAAGCGGGUGUCCGAUUACUCAAAGGCUGGUGUGAACCAUUCUGGUGACAACACUACAACACAAGCUUCAAAGACAUUUGUGCUCGACGAAGACUUCUAAACAUCGAAGAAACCGCCGUCGUUGCAUGAUUUCUCAUACUGUAAUUUAUCGCUCACGCAUUGCUAUCUCAUCGGUCAAUUCUGUAAUUCUCUUUGUUAUAAUUAGAUAUGUAUCCUCACUAGCUCUAUCAAAUAUUCAAUAAAAUUUUUUUGAAAG